UUGUGUCGCUUGACAGCUUGCGAUAGUGUUGCUGUUGUUGGUAACUGGAGUUGCUGCUAGGUUUUUUUUGUGAUAUACAACAAGAAUUAGUUCCCAUAAGUUUGAAGUCGGUUCAUUUCGUAUUAUGAGUUCACAAACGAAAAGAAACACAGACAUAAUGCAGUGGUAAUCCUUAGAAGAGACAAUUACUUGGUGGGUAAUUACAAGAUCCGUAUUACCACACUAAAUUCGCUCAAAUUACCGACCAAUCAAAAUGAAUUCCAAUGAAUCGUGUAAUUUAUGCCUUUCUCGGAAUACAAACGGUUUGCCGGAGGACAAACAGUUGCGAAUGAAAAUCGAUAGGAUUUUCUAUUUUGAGAUCUUUCGAUAUCGUGACGACGUAACAAUGAUCUGCGAAUCAUGCAAGAUGACUAUCGAUGUAUUUUACGAGUUUUCCGAACAAGUUCGCAACAAUCAACAAAUUUUACGCUCAACGGUGACUCCGUCUACCAGUUUGAAAUUAGGCGAUAUUGUCGAAGAAACCCUAGUAAAGCUCGAGUGCUCAAAAGCGGAGCUCGUUGAGGAGGAUCAACUACCAUAUGAAACGGAAUGGGUUGAUGUGGAUAGUAAACAAGAUCUGCCACCAAAUACAAAUGCUACUAUCGACAAGGAUCAAUCAGAUACGAAAAUCGAUCGCGACUGGGAUUCGCAUGAUUUGGAUGAUAUUGACGCAGAUAGAGACAAUGCCAGUUCUGUAUCAGUUUCAGAUACCGAGAAUGAAAAACCACCGACGAUUGUGACAACCAAACCGAAGCGAAAGUACACGAUGAGGAAAAAAUCUUCAUCUCGGAAAGGGCCGAUACAAACGAAGAACAACGUGAAAGAUUCAUCGGCAGAUGGUGGAACAAAACUGUCUGACGAAGAUAUGGUCUUGAAGCAUUUCAAUUUGGCGUGCGACUUGUGUGGAAAGGCUCUGGUCGAUUUCAUAGAAUUGCGUGAACAUUUUAGAGAUGUACACGAGCAGCUGGGAUACAUAAACUGUUGCAAUAAAAAGAUCUUCAAAAAAUGUUGGAUGGUUGAACAUCUGCAGGUACAUUUGAAUCCGGAUGCCUUUCAUUGUUCUAUUUGCAAAAAGAGUUACAGCUCCAGUAGGGUGCUGAAGGAUCAUAUCAAAGAGGUCCAUGCAACAGCGGAGAAUCGUUCGUUACAGUGUAAUGUUUGUUUGAAAAGAUUUGCCUCGAAAAGACAUCUGAAUGCUCAUUCAACUAUGGCUCACGGUUCCUUUCCUUGCCCUCAGUGUAAUAAAGUUCUGGCUUCUCAAGGUUCUUUGAAACACCAUAUUUUUACUCAGCACGGUGAAGGUCAGCAGUUUAUUUGCGAUAUCUGUGCUAGAGUAUUCCGUUCCAAGCGGUGCUUGGAGACGCAUGUCAAAGGCCACCUCGGUACGAGGCAGGAGGAUAAGGUUCAAUGCUCUGUUUGUGCCGUUUGGUUUACCAAUAAAUAUCAGUUAACGAAGCAUAUGAACCGUAUUCACAUUGAACCGGAGAAGAUGUUGGAAUGUAAUCUUUGUGGGAAACAGUUACGCAACCGUGAAGCACUGAAUGGCCAUAUGAACCGAACGCAUACCGAGAGCCGAUUUGAGUGUGAAUUUUGUUUUAAGAAAUUUAGACGGCCCCACCACAUGCGAGAACAUGUGGCCAUUCAUCAUACGGGGGAAGAUUUAUAUGGGUGCAACUACUGCGAGGAACGGUUCAAUUCUAAAAAUAAACAGUACACCCAUCGGAAAACGGUACAUCCGGCAGAAUUCGAAGAAGAGCUACGCAAACGGCUCAUGAAAGAUUAGAUGGAAGUUCAAUUUUGUUGUUUGCUAGUAAUGCUGAAAUGAACCCAAAAUUUUAAUUCUCUUAGAUUGAGUGAAAAGUGAAAAAUAAAUGCAUUUGAACCGAAAA